AUGCGUCUCCAACAUUAUACUCAUAUUUUUCUUGUGUUUAUUAUUUUUUUUAUCAACCAGUCAAAUCAAUUAAUUUUUCUUAGAGAGAUAAAAGCGUAUGGUUUUCCAUAUUACAAGAUGAUAAUGAGUUUAGGUGAUUGUAAAGAUCGGACUCUGUUUUACGAAAGGAAAGUGUGGCCUCGUAUUCGAGCGAAUAGGAUUUUUGACAUAUACUAUAAAAGCGGCAACCCCGAUUACAUAGUCUCUAGAGUGGAGUUGGGACUAGUGGUCAAUGAUACGGGCUGUCAGGCUUAUUCCGAAAAGGGUGUUGGUUAUCAGGAAUUUGCAGCUACAUUAUUUUUACCGACUAACAUGGCAACGUUAUUUUACACUCUGACUAUUUUUACUUGUAGUCCCAAGAUCCGAACAAAAGAAGAAGAAAACUUCAAAUUGUUAAUAUUCUAUGAUAAACCUUUAAAUCGAAGCUUUAAUGAUAGUAUUAUCGACUAA